GUAGGAGAGUUAUCAGUGACGUUGUAGGGGGGAAGUUUACUGGAGGUGGAAAUACCCUCAGUUUUGUUUCACAUAGCAACGGACAGUCUAUCACGCUGGCUGAAUUGUUUAAAAGGUUUUGCCUUCCUAGGACAAAUAUCAGAAGAAUACAGGCAGCAGACAGAAUCAUAUGGACAUCUAUGCAUUUCAUGGAGCAGGCGUGGGCAAGUCUUAGUUCCUGGAACACAAGGAUCACACACAAUAUACACACAAGGAUCCUGUUUGAGGACGCCUUUCUUGGCUGACAGCUCCUUCUGGGUUGUUUGGGAACUUCUUAAAGAGUUGGAAGGAAGCUGCCGGUUUGCCAGGUUUGACACGACACCAUCUACCACACACCAGUAGAGGGUCUAGUGUGACUACAUAUUUGAAUUACUUUUUAUUUGUGGUAAUACAAUUGUUAGUGUAUUAUUUUUAUUUCAUUUUUUAAAAUGAAUUCUUUAGUAUACUAAAUAAGCAACUUUCAAUUUAAUACAUGACCUUUUUGCUUAGUCUAAAAGCUCUUGGAAGUCAGAUACACAAUAAAUGAGUUCAUACAAGGAACUGAAAGCAGUGUUGUUGACAUACUCAGAUCCACAGUAAUCCACCUUGAACUGAACCUCUCACUACAUUCUCACACUGAACAUGAAAGAAAUGGCACAAUAGUGAUUAAUUAUUAACCACAGGUGUGAGGCCCAUCCUGAUCAGCUGACUUGAACAAAAGAAGCUGUUCAAAGAAAAUAAAAAACGAUCUGGUGGCUCUUUUGUUGGGAACACCUUUGACUUGCAAAGAGAAAUGCAGGCAGCAGAGCUCUGCUGAGUACACAACACUCAACAUUGAGGACAGCAAAAAUGAUGAGAAAACUCUUCAACUUCCUGGCAGCUUUUCUUCUCCUCAGUCUGGCGUCUUUUGCUGGGGUUUUACUCUACAGCAAAGACAGCUUGUUGACUUUUUUAACAAGGCCAUAUCCUGUGGCAAAUGGAAACUACACAUUUUCCUGGAGGAUUAAAGAUGUUCAGCAACUGUGGGUAAAGGGGUCUGAAGACCCAAAAGUCAGCCAAGAAAUGACACAUAUAGCGGCCCCUACGAACAAGACUUUGGGACCCUGUACUGACCCCCCUCCAAAGCUUGUGGGACCUCUCCAAGUGGAGUUUAACUUUAAACUGACUUUGGAAGAAGUGAGAAAGGAGAUCAGUCGUCCUCUCCGGGAGGGAGGAAGGUACAAGCCGCCAGACUGUAUCGCAAUACAGAAGGUGGCAAUCAUCAUCCCAUUCCGAAAUCGGCAUGAGCACCUGAAACACUGGCUGUAUUAUCUCCAUCCUAUAUUGAUGAGGCAGCAGCUGGACUAUGGUGUGUAUGUCAUCAACCAGGAUGGAGAUGGAGUGUUCAACCGGGCUAAACUGAUGAAUGCAGGAUAUCUUGAAGCCCUGAAGCAAUAUGAUUAUGACUGCUUUGUCUUUUCUGACGUAGACCUGGUUCCCCUAGAUGACCGCAACAUCUACAAAUGUUUUGACAAUCCCAGACACUUGGCUGUGGCUAUGGACAAAUUUAACUUCCGCUUACCCUACAAAACCUACUUUGGUGGGGUGUCUUCACUUUUCAAGGAUCAGUACUUGAAAAUUAAUGGCUUCCCUAACACUUACUGGGGCUGGGGUGGUGAGGAUGAUGAUAUCUAUAAGCGAAUCGUCUUCCGUGGGAUGUCCAUUUCUCGGCCUGACUCUGAAACUGGAAGGUACAAGAUGAUCAAACAUAACAGAGACUUGCACAAUGAGGCCAAUCCAAAGAAUCCUGACAAACUGAGACACACCCAGAGGACCAUGGAUGAAGACGGGAUUAAUUCCCUGAAAUACACAGUCAAGGAGAUUGUGAAAGAUGCAUUGUACACUUUUAUCACUGUGGAUAUUCAGGCUCCAGCAAGCUAAACCAGGCUGCAACCUGUGGAUCCUGGAUUGUUGCUCAUUAUUGAUUUAUUGGUGUUUCAGUCUCAGAAGUUAAAUAAGUGGGUGGUACUACAUGAUUCUUCUGGGUGUUUCUCUGUUUUUAAGAUCUCAGCGAAUCUGCUAGGUGGGCCUUUUAUUAACAAAGGACAGUUGUGUGUGUUUAUGUAAGGUUUUGUAUGGAAACCUUGUCUACAUGUGUCUGUCUGUCUGAGGUUUAUUUUACAUCGAUUUGCUUUAUCACAAUCUUUAAAUGACAAUCAUUGUUGUCUAGAUGUGAAAUAUUAUGCAUCCACAGCAUUUUUCUCACAUUUCUGACUAAAGUGAGAGAGAAAAUGUUUAAAACUACAUUUGGCAAUAAAUGAAUAUGACAGAGAAACAACAGACUUGGUACUUAGUAUGGUACUUGAAUAUAUUUUUGAUGUACUUUGAGGUAGUUAGAGAUAAAAUACAAAAACAACAGUAAUUUUACAUUUUUUUUGCCAUCUGACAUCCUAAAAGAAAGCAGCAUAUAGUCAGGCAGAUGGUUCAGAUAUCUGAGAUAUCUAUAAAUUGUUAUGACAGCUCCACCAACACUUGGAAGAAUAUAGCAUAGGUUAAUGUUCAAGUAACUGAUUAUGAUGUGAUAGCAGAAGUACUCAGGUCUGCCACUUUAAGGAGGGACAACACUCCAGAAUCUAUGGCUGGUAAAUGAUCUACACAGGUUGAUGCAAAAGAUGAAUAUUUCUGUCUGAGAUCUGACGAUUACUGAUCGAGGUCAAAGUCUAUCUUGAAACCAGUCCCUGUGAAUAAAUAGUUUAUGAGGUGGUGAAGGGAUUUUAUAUCUUGAUUGGCACUUACCUAUCUAAUUAUUAAUUUGCAUAAUUUAGUUCUAUUGAUUCAUAUUGGAUGUCUGACAGAAAUGCAACAACAUCUUUUAUGUUUUUGUUGUUGCUGUUAUUGUAGGUGUUAUAGUUAAUAUGGGUCGCACAGGAAAGGCACUAUGACAAUGAGAAACCUGUUAUUAUUUUUUUGGCUUUAUUAGAUAGGUUUAGUUGAGAAGCAGACAGGAAAGUAGGGAGAAGAAUGGGGGGAAGACCUGCAGCAAAGGACCGUGAGCUGGAAUCCAGCCCAGGCCGCUGCAUCAGAGACGGUUGUAGCCCUUGAUCAAAGGUCACCUGCUCAACCAGUUGAGCUAUCUGGGCACCCCACCUGUUAUUAAAUUUGUUGUUGAAAAUUGUUUUUACUGUUGUUUUCACUACUUUUAACUAUAACGGUUUAAGGAUGGCAAUGGGAUGAUUAUUAUUGUGGCAGUAAUGCAGUGGUUUAUGUAUGUUUCUUUUUGAUGGAAGGGUUUGAUAUUUAUUCAUAGUCUUUGCAAUGCAAACGUAGCAUUCUGCACGUAACCCACAUAUGUGAUGAUGUCUUGUGUUCAGUAACAUUUUUUUUAAUGUAUUUAAACAAUUGAAAAGAAUUGUACUGAAAUGUGUUUCUUCUAUGGUCCAGCACUGAGCUUGGUCAUGAACAUCAAAACUAAACAAAAUAUAAGCACAUUGUGAAUGAGACACAAUCUACAUUAAGUAUAAUUGUUCAGUGGAUUCAAGAUGCAAGCUACAAUAUUAACAAACAUUAUUUACCAUCUGAUCAGCUGAUAUACUGUACUUGUCUUCUUUACUCAUUCCCAUUUUUAAUACCGUGGAAAUUGUUCCGGGAGUCAGUUACAAUUUGUUCUUCACUGAGUUGCUUUACAUUCUAUAAGGUUUGUGUAAAGUUUCCAUUGUAAUUGUCUUGGAUCAUAUCAGGUAACUUGACCUGUCACUUAUGUCACAAAAGGGAAGAACAGUGUCAGAUUUCCUCACAGUUUGCUCGCAGCAAAAAUCCUGUAAUUCUUUUUUUGUCUUUUCCUAAAAUGAUCAGACUUUGAUCUCUGACUGAGAUCUCUUGAUCUCAGACUAUCUACUAGUUAUUCUGAAUUGCUAUAGACUGAAAUUUACCUAAAUGCCAAAGUGUCUCUAUUAUGUCUGACCUGUCUUGGCCAGGUGUCCCUUGGAAAAUAAAUUUUUAAUCUCAAGGAACUUCCUGGUAAAAUAAAGGUUAAAAAAAUUUUAAAA